AGACCGGGAAGGCUGCACACAUUGACCGAACUGUAGGCGAUUUAAAAACAAUUGUUCGACUUUGACACGGAAAAAAUACAAUAUGGCUACCGAUGUUGUGGACGACCGGGAGAUGAGGGAAGCGCAGAGGGACUAUCUGGAUUUCUUAGAUGAUGAUACAGACCAGGGGAUUUACCAGAGCAAAGUUCGAGAAAUGAUCGGCGAGAAUAAAUCUCGUCUCAUCGUCAACAUUAACGAUCUGAGGAGAAAGAACGAAGCCCGAGCUGCAAAGUUGAUGAGCAAUGCUUUUGAGGAGCUGAUGGCCUUCCAGCUGGCCCUGAAGGACCUGGUGGCCACCGUGGACGCCACCUAUGCCAAGCAGUAUGAGGAGUUCAACAUCGGCCUGGAGGGGAGCUUUGGCUCUAAGCACGUCAGCCCCAGAACCCUGACCUCAAGGCUGCUGGGCAGCAUGGUCUGUGUGGAGGGCAUCAUCACCAAAUGUUCUCUUGUGCGUCCUAAAGUGGUACGCAGCGUUCACUACUGCCCCGCCACCAACAAGACCAUGGAGAGGAAAUAUACAGACAUGACAUCCUUAGAUGCUUUCCCUUCAAGUGCCAUCUACCCCACCAAGGACGAGGAGAACAACCCUCUAGAGACGGAGUUCGGUCUGUCCGUCUACAAGGACCAUCAGACCAUCACGGUGCAGGAGAUGCCGGAGAAAGCCCCCGCAGGCCAGCUGCCUCGUUCUGUGGACAUCAUUCUGGACAACGACCUGGUGGACGUGGUCAAACCAGGGGACAGGGUCCAAGUCGUGGGGACAUAUCGGUGCCUACCUGGGAAAAAGGGCGGCUUCACAUCCGGAACGUUCAGGACCAUCAUGAUAGCGUGUCACAUCAAACAGAUGAGCAAGGAAGUGUCCCCAUCCUUCUCUGCCGAUGACAUCAGCAAAAUUAGAAGCUUCAGUCGCAGUCGCCAUAAUGUUUUUGACCAGCUGUCUCGCUCGCUGGCCCCCAGCAUCCAUGGCCAUGAGUACAUCAAGAAGGCAAUCCUCUGCAUGCUCCUUGGUGGCGUGGAGAAGGUGCUGGAAAACGGCUCACGCAUACGAGGAGACAUAAACAUCCUACUCAUUGGUGAUCCCUCUGUUGCCAAGUCCCAGCUUCUACGUUACGUUCUCCACACGGCACCCAGAGCCAUCCCCACCACCGGGCGGGGCUCCUCUGGGGUGGGUCUGACCGCCGCCGUUACUACCGACCAGGAGACGGGGGAGCGGCGUCUGGAGGCAGGCGCUAUGGUGUUGGCCGACCGCGGCGUGGUGUGCAUCGACGAAUUCGACAAGAUGUCCGACAUGGACCGCACCGCUAUCCACGAGGUGAUGGAGCAGGGCCGUGUCACCAUCGCCAAGGCCGGCAUCCACGCCCGCCUCAACGCCCGCUGCUCCGUGCUGGCGGCCGCCAAUCCCGUCUACGGCAGGUACGACCAGUACAAAACCCCCAUGGAGAACAUCGGGCUGCAGGACUCCCUGCUGUCACGUUUCGACCUCCUCUUCAUCGUGCUGGAUCAGAUGGACCCGGAGCAGGACCGGGAGAUUUCGGAUCACGUCCUCAGGAUGCACCGCUACCGUGACCCCCGCGAGCAGGAGGGUGCAGCCAUGGCCCUGGGCGGCUCAGUGGACAUCCUGGCGACAGACGACCCGGACGUGGUGGCACAGGAGGACGAAGAGCUGCAGGUCUACGAGAAACACAACAACCUGCUGCAUGGAAGCAAGAAAAAGAGGGAGAAGAUUGUGAGCAAAGAGUUCAUGAGGAAGUACAUUCACAUCGCCAAGGGAGUGACGCCGGUGUUGACGGAGGAGGCGGCCAAUCACAUCGCAGAGGAGUACUCCAGGCUGAGGAGCCAGGAGCAGCUUGGUGCUGACAUUGCCCGGACCUCCCCGGUGACGGCCCGGACACUCGAGACCCUGAUCCGUCUGUCCACGGCUCACGCCAAAGCCCGAAUGAGCAAAGCCGUAGAACUGGAGGACUCGGAAGUGGCGGUGGAACUGGUCCAGUUUGCCUACUUCAAGAAGGUGCUGGAGAAGGAGAAGAAACGUUCCAGAAAGGAGCGGGAUUCCGGGUCGGAUGAGGAAGAGGAAGAAGAGGCGUCUACGCAGCAGUCACAAAAACCUCAGCGGAAGAGGGGGCGCCGUGGUUCUCAGGGCAGCGAGCCCUGCAGUCCAUACGACUUCAGUGAAGAGCAGGAUGUCCCCGAUAUUCAAUCUGCCACAGCAAAAAGAGCCAAGGCCCAGCAGGCUGCGGAGGAAGAAAUGGACGUCUCCUCACAGGCUGAAGACUCUGAGCUCUCUGCUGAAAGAUUGAAGGAGUUCAAGUCAUCCCUGUUUGCCGUGUUCCAGUCCGCUCACGCUCAGUCCGUGAAGAUGCAGGCGCUGAUGGACGGCGUCAACAAGGAGCGUCAGGUGCGCUUCACCGAGGCGGAGGUCCGUGCCGCUUUGACCCGCAUGCAGGACGACAACCAGGUCAUGGUGGCUGAUGACAUCAUCUUCCUCAUUUGAGCGGGGAGAAAGACCAGCUGAGGGUUCUACUUCAUGGACUUGAUAAAAAAGAAACGACUUGUACAUUCUAUAUCAUUUUCAUUGCUUUGUUUCAUAUUCACACAGUCAUAAAACCCAAUCAUUGUCUACUCAUUCAUUCUCUCAAUGUAAACGGUGAUAUGUCGUACCACCUUACAGUAUUGCAGCAAUGUUAUCACCGCAGAUUUCGAUGUUUAAAAAAAAAUAAAUAAAAAAAUCCGGCUCUGUAAAUAGAUUAA